AUGUGCCCCAGCGACGCUAACAGCAGCUCCACGCCCCCAUCGCUGUCUCCCGAUGGUGGAUGGUGUCCAGAAUUCUACCCCACGCGCACCGAGUUCCAGUCAUUCGCCACGUACAUCCGCACCGUGGUCGAACCGCAAUGCGCCAAUAUCGGCAUUUGUAAGGUCAUCCCUCCCCGUGGCUGGUUCACUCGCUCGUAUGACAUUUCGCAAUUGGAUUGCCAAGUUAGAGCCCCUGUAUGCCAGCACGUGGCUGGUAAGAAGGGCAUCUUCAAUGUGGAUCUCGUGGAGAGGAAGACUAUGAGCCCUGUUGAGUUUCAGGCCAUGACUGAUGCUGCUACGGAUAAGGAACCGGAAGAUACUGAAGACCCAUUAGAGGUGGAGCGACGGUUUUGGAAGGGGUUGAGGGGAACGAUGGACCCGCCCACCUAUGGAGCAGAUAUUGUGUCCACGCUAUUUGGCGACGCAGAUGCACUGUCGUGGAAUCUGAACGACCUCAACACGAUACUUCGGAAGAUUGAUUUGCCAGGGGUGACGCAGUCCAUGCUAUAUUUCGGCAUGUGGAGGGCAAUGUUCGCGUUCCACACGGAAGAUAUGGACCUAUACAGCAUCAACUACGUGCACACGGGAAAACCUAAGUUUUGGUAUGGUGUUCCUCCUGAUGCUGGUACGAACAGAAUGCUGUGCUGGGUUAUAAAAGGUUUGGCCCAAAAGUUCCUACGACACAAAACAUCCCUGAUCUCACCAGCGCGACUGAAGGAGUUUGGAGUUCCAUUCUAUCGAGCCUUCCAGAAGCCAGGAGAGUUUAUCAUCACAUUCCCGGCAACAUACCACCAGGGAUUCAAUCUCGGUUUUAACAUUGCCGAAGCUGUCAACUUCGCAACCCUGCAUUGGAUUCCGUAUGGAUUGAAAGCCAAGAUCUGCAAGUGUCUUCCCGACAGUGUGCGGAUUGACAUGGACUCGUUCCUAACGAAGAUCUUUGAAGAACCCCAGUGCGGCCCAGAACUCAUGGGCGAUGAUCCUUGGAUUUUCAGCUGCACCUGUGGCAAAUACUGCAGUAGUAAUAACCAUCAUACCGAAGUGGAGGAACAAUGGUUUGAAUGCUCAAGAUGCAAGAUUUGGGCCCACGUUCGCUGCGUUCACUCUGAUCUGGCUGAUACAGUGGCUGAAGACCUACCUCAUUCACUACUUUGCCACCGCUGUCUUGCUGCCGGGGAUAGACCUUGCUCUUUGUCCAGUGGCGGUGUGGGACGACGAAGUGGCACUGCAUCGAAGAGUGCGGUACGGAGCAGUGGGGGUAAGCGGAAGAAGGAAGCUGUGGUAAGUUCAAAGAAGAAAGCAGCGAAGGAGCCGGCCAUCGUGAUGUCACCUCCGAAGAAAGCAAAAGGUGCCUCAAAGUCCAACGAAGUAGGCGCUAUCACGCCCAAGAGCGCAACAAAAGACAAGGCUGCUGUCCGCAAGUACCUCACAGUAAAAGGCUCGACUAUCCGAUUCGAGAACAUGGAGGCCAAGGUUGCAGCCGUGGAGGGCACGUACAUUCGAGUACACUACAAGGGCGAAUCUGCAGACAACGACGAGUGGUUGUCUAUAACUUCGAAGGAGUUGCGCCAGCGGAUCGUAGCUGUGGAGCCGCCAGCGCCGAAGUCAAAAGACUCGACCACUACUAUUUAGCUUACGUACUUCGAAGUAGAUUACAUGUGCAGCAGGGGACGAUGAAUAUACUGUACAAGUUGAAGCAGUUGCAAUCUGCAAACUAAAU